AUGAGAACUGCAAGCUAUGUCGCAUCGGCUUCGGCCCUCGGUCUCGCGCUGGCCGCGCCCCUGGAAAAACGCCAGGCCGCUGGCGCACUCACUGAUCCUGAUAUUCUCAACUUUGCCCUCACCCUAGAGCAUCUCGAAGCUACGUUUUAUGCGCAAGGUCUCGCCAAUUUCUCGGCUAGCGACUUUCCAUCGGCGCAAGUCUACGCGAACAUUCAACAAAUAUCGGCUGACGAAGCAUCUCAUGUGCAAUUCCUCACCUCUGCGCUGUCCGCUGCCGGUGCGAGCCCCUUCCAAGCCUGCACGUACGAUUUCUCGAGCGUGACAUCUGCCACGGCGAUGCUCGCGACUGCCCAAGUUCUAGAAGGCGUUGGAGUGUCAGCUUACCUUGGCGCUGCCGGUUCGAUCAACAAUACCGACUAUUUGACUGCCGCUGGUAGCAUUCUCACUGUGGAGGCUCGCCACAACGCCUACAUCCGUUAUUCCAACGGCUACUCGCCUUUCCCUGCACCUUACGAGACGCCUCUGAGCCCCAACGAGGUCGUCACAUUGGCUGCGCCUUUCCUGGCAAGUUGCCCAUCCGGCUCGCAGCUGACGCUCACCGGCUUCCCUGCCAUCAAGGUCAACACGACUGCACCCGCCGUCGGUAGCCCAGUCGCUCUCUCCGUCACCAACACAUCUGCCAUUCCUUCGGGCUCGACCGUUUACUGCGGUAUUAUCUCGGGUGUCGGCGCGCCUGCAUUCACCACCUAUGCCAACGGUCAAUGUGAUAUCCCCGCCAACACCACAGCCGGUCAGGUCUACAUCGUGCUCUCAUCAAGCAACACUGGCAUUGCCGAUGGCACCACCCUCGCCGGCCCUGCAGUCGUUGAGCUUGGUACGAAGAACGAGACGGCUACUGCUGGUUCGUCCAACUCAUCCUCAGGUGGCUCUUCCGGCGGCUCAUCGUCUGGUGGUUCUUCUUCUGGCAGCUCUACAUCUGGCGGACUUCCUCGAUUUACGUCACAAGUAGGCGCAGUGGGUCUGUCGCUCGCGCUCGGCCUCGUUGCUGCGCUCGCCAUGUAA